CGUUGGGCGCGAUAUGCUAUGACAAGACGGCCUCCCGCGCAUUCGACGUCAUCUUCGUCGCCGGCCUGCUCCUGCUGGCACUGGCCGGCGGAACGCGGGGGGCCCCGACAAGGAAAGCUCACUCAGACAGACCAGGGCCUACCAGCGCGGCCACGGGAAGUUAUGAGCAUUCACGAGAGCACCGUGGCAGCGUCGUGCGAACAAUAUCCAACGAGCUAUUUAAUGACAAAGUGGGAAAUUGGUCAAACGAAGGUCGAGGGUCGUACAAACGGCAUGCCAGCAGAAUGUCCUCAUCGGAAGAUGAAGAAGUGGUUUUUAGUGUAGAAGACGAUUCCACAUCCCAGGAAAGUGACGAAGACUACCAGGCUGAUCAGGCCAUCGACGACUCUAUAAACAGUCCAAUAAACUUAGAUCAGGAGCCUGUCGCUAGCCCGCGUUACCGUAAAGACCACAAAAAACCUGGUGAGGGUUUCGGAUCGGCGCAAUCGCGAAACCUCGCUCAUACACAGCAGAAGAGACCGGCAGUGUUGAGACCAAAUGGAAGUACUAGGAAGCCAAAAUAUAAGAAGAAAAUGGUACUCCCAACAAAGCAUCCAAUCCGCCAUCGGCAUCACAUAAUGGCUGGGGGGCCGAGCAGUCCCAGACUCGGACGUUAUGUACAGCUGUAUUCCAAAAAUGGAUACAAUCUCAAAAUUACAAUGAACGGGAGUGUUGAAGGAACUGAAGAGGUCCGCAGCGAUCUCGGUGAGUCGAUUCUCGAGCUGGACCCGGUUGCCCUCCGACUGUACAGUAUCAGAGGUGUUAAAGCCAAACGCUUUCUCUGUAUGGAUGCCAAGGGACGUCUCAUUGGAAUGCGUCGCCGUUCGGAAAAAUGCCUCUUCCAUGCUUCCCACCGACCUAACGGCUCUCUUACGUUUUCAACUCUGCGGACAUCCAUAAAGGGUGCACCUGUACGCUGGUUUGUAGCAAUCAACAAAGUUGGGGUGGUAAAACGGGGCCGUAAAGAGAGCCACAAAGGCACCAACUUCUUGCCGAGGAUCGCGCACAGACAUCAAGCGAAAAUCGGGUAAAGAUCUGCUUCCCUCCCGCGCCCAUUCACAACGAUCAGCUGGGAAAAGAAAGCUACUAGUUCUAGCACGAGUGGCAUUGCUGUUACCUUAGUGCAUCAUUUAGGAUGUACAAUUACACAUGGAUUCCUGUUGCACACGAUGGAGUAUUACGUUGUAACAUAGACGUGUAUUACAGUCAACUACGCCCCAGCUGUUGAAAAGUCAAAAGGCCAACAUGAUGUGAUAGUAUGAGAAUAGCUACUUCCAAUAAUCCCAUAAAAUUCCACAAUAGAAAUGAAACAAGACCAAUACUAUCGGUUGAACCUUGUCCACGUAGCUUCGUUUUUGUAUCCAAUAUUAUGGCCUGCGAUUACAGCUCUGGGACGUAUAUCCCUAGGUAUAUAUACACGCUAACAUAUGCUAAGCAUUCGUAAGUCGAUAAGCAACAACUGCCACGGCAGAUGCUGUAUAGAAAUGCGACCCUUCUGUAUGUUAAGAUAAACAAACAUGAAUUCUCUGAUUAUUAUAAUUCCUUUUGAGAUAAGAACGGUAAAUAAGUAUAAGGUAAGGUGUAUGAUUAAAUAUGCAUUUAUGGCGAUUUAAUAUGAAUUUUAAAGCGUUCUUAAGGGCAUAUGGAGCAAAUGAUGUAGCAUUCGUGUACUGCUGCAACGACUGUAGAAAUAGACAUAUUUUCCACAAUUUUACCUGUUCCAGUUUUCCAGGCCUAAUAGGGGAUCAUAAGUUGGAACAAUGUUUGCUGCCACAUAUGAAAUGAUCAAUAAAGCCUGAAAUUUGUUAUGACCACCCCAAAAACGUAACAAGCCAACGAAUGCCCAGUUGAUGAGAACCAUAUUUAGUUAGCAGGAUAGCAGUUCUGUUCAUAUAUACCAUUAGUAUAUAUACGCAUAUAAAUGCAUACGCAUAUAAUGACGCAUUUAAAAAUAGCUAUAAUGCGAAUCACGCGAGUCGAAGCAGGAGUCGGAAUUUAAUUUCUCAAACCAGUGGUGUGAUAUUGUCGUUUUUUUGAGGAAGCCGGACAGCGGUAGCUUGGUGUAUAGCAAGCGAUACACAAAGUUAUUAGCUAAUAAACGACGUCAGACACUGCCAACAUGUUUCGCUAAUAUCUUAGGCAUAUUAUAAUACCCUCAAACACAUCUUUGUCAAAAUCUUGCUAUUGCAGCAUUGUACCUAUUACAGGAAGGACGUAUGAUUAUUCGCCAACACAAGAACGUUUAUUCAUGUCGCUGAGUGUGUAUGAAAGUCUCGCUCCACGGUGCACUCUGUCAUUACUCAAAAAUAUUAAUAGUAAUAACAAUAAACCAUAUGCUGCUUACUGCCUAGCUUAGAUGGAUGCCAUUGCCUAUCUCAUAAAUGCUACGAGGUUUAGAGAAUUAAGGAAGGAAAACAACACAUGUGUUGUUAUCCUUCCUUAAACCGAAAGCAGUCGGUCGAAACGCAGGCUAACAGCUUGUAGUAAUUUCCACAUAUUAUUCUAUAGGUAGCUGUACUUUUGAGUAAAUACAUGAAGGAAUAAUACUGCGGGAUUACGUCAAAAAACAUAAGCAAUCGGCUUAUGCAGAACAACGCGAUAAUUAGCAUAGGAAACAUACACAAAGGAAGUACAUGCAUUAUAUUGUAUAGAUUAUACCUUAUAUCAUCGUCGUGAUAUUUAUUAUUGGACACUUUUUUCUAGCUAUUUUCUCACUGUAUAGAGGAACGUAUGACAAAUUACUGUCUAUGUAGGUUAAAAUCAUUCUUUUUUUUGUUUAAUCACAAAAUAUAGAUUAAGAGCCUUUCAACUAGCCUGUCUGCAUUUAAUAUCAUCAUAGACCCUUUAUGCAAUAUCAUAAUUAAUAAUAAGUAAGAACAUAAGUACUUACUACUUAGCAGUCAACGUAUACAUUUUGAUUGCGAACACUAUAAUUAAGUCCAAUAUACUGUAUAUGGCUGUUAAAAAUACAUGGUCAAUGUUGUGUAACAACCAAACCACUACUAAAUGCAAAUAGAUUGAUCGCGCGAUUGACAGAUUCAAAGAAGUAUGGAGGUUAGUGUGCCAGAAACAGCGUUCAAUAAUGGAGAACGCCACAGGACAAAAAUGACAGGUGCGUGAAAAGGCAACAACUGCAGCAUGAGACCAGGACAUAGAAAACGAACGUAAUUUAUAUGUAUCCGGUAGAACUGUAGGUUCGUUACUGAUUCAUGCGAAGUAUGAUGGUGAUUUCACGUCUAUCGUAAUAAGGGAUCAUAUCCAGUUCAUGUUAGGCAAACAACAAACAAAACUGAAUAAAUACUUGCAGUGACGAUAACUAUUAUUACUAUCACUAUCAUGAUCGUCAGUUUAAACUCGCGUCUUCAUUUCUAGGUAGCAACAAAGCUCAUAAAACGAAAGACCUGCGAAAUAGAUAAGAAUCGUUUGCCAAUUAAUGAAUAAACCAGUGACCAAAAUAUUGUGUUUUUAUGUGAAAAUGGGUACUCUAUUAAAUGAAACCGAAGAUGCCAAUUCUGGAAGUCACAAUCGCUAUACGUCGGCCUCGUGAUUUUCCAGUAGUUAG